CUUUACAGGACCUGGGAGAGGCCAGAUCCCUGCCACAGACAGCAGUGGGGCAGGAGGAACGUGAACUUCAAACCCCUAAGUCAUGCUCUUUCCAUUAGGCCCCAUUGUCCACAGAAAACCCAAGUCUGGAGAGAAAAAAAAAAACAAUAAGCCUAAAUCUGGGAAGGUCUGCCAUGAGAUGCCAAACUAUUAAAGCUGCUUUGGUAGUUUAACAACCAUUAGCAAAUCAUUUACGGUGCCAGGAAUAAACCGGAGGUUAUUUGGAUAGGCUGGAGGCAUGAGGAAUGGGAACAAGCAUGAGAAGAUUAAUUUCUGGAAAAGGACAAAGUCAUGCCUCUCAUACAGAUAUAAAAACAAACACGUAUUCAAGGAUUUACUAACUCAUUAAUGAGGAAACUGGUGUCGAAGAGGGGGACCGCAGAAGAGGGUGGGUUCCAGCGAACACAGCCAUGAGAAGGCGGUGACCUUGGCUGUGAGAAGUCAUCCUCUUGUCAGCUCAGUUCUAAGGCAGGGGACCCAAGACUCCAGUUAAGUGGCAACAGGAAGGAGCAGAAGACGGGACUGAAGACAAAACGGGACUUAGUUCUAGGAAGGAAUAAGCUCAAGCCACAAAAGGAACAGAUUGUAUUUUGACGCCCGCCAUCUGAAACACACCCUAGAAUAAACCGGAAUCAGAAUUCUGCGGCUGCAGCCAGGCCGUCUCGACUUUCUCACCAGAGGAAAAAUUACUGAACUUGGAACUGGGAAAACUGAGUCCAAGCGGAGGCUCUGAGCCAUGGCCUGUUCCCAAAUUUUGCCAAGCCGUUCCUGGAUUUAUCCCACUACCAUCCUCUGCUUGUUUGGGUUUUUCUCCACAUUGAGACCCUCAGAACCCUUCCUUAUUCCAUAUUUAUCUGGACCAUAUAAAAACCUGACCAGCGCGGAGAUAACCAAUGAGAUCCUACCCGUGUGGACAUACUCUUACCUGGUGCUGCUGCUCCCCGUGUUCGUCCUCACCGAUUUCGUCCGCUACAAGCCGGUCAUCGUCCUCCAGGGCGUCAGCUACGUCAUCACCUGGCUGCUGCUCUUGUUUGGCCAAGGAGUGCAAGCCAUGCAGGCGGUGGAGUUCUUCUACGGGAUGGUCACCGCCACCGAGGUGGCCUACUUCUCCUACAUCUACAGCAUGGUCAGCCCAGAGCACUACCAGAGAGUGAGCGGCUACUGCAGGGCCAUCACGCUGGUGGCCUACACAGCGGCCUCGGUGCUGGCCCAAGUCUUGGUGUCCCUGGCCAAAUUAUCGUACUUCUACCUCAACGUCAUAACUUUAGCCUCUGUCUCUGCGGCUUUCCUGUCCUCACUUUUUCUACCAAUGCCCAGGAAAAGCAUGUUUUUUCAUGCAAAAGCCAGCAAAGACAUCCAGAAGCCAGCAUGCACAAAUGUAGCAUCAGAUGAGGCACGUGGGGGGGAAGCACCCUGCUGCAAUGAGGAGAAACCCGCUCCGGGAACGGCCGCUGCUUCAGCGAACUGGGACGAUGGGCCUUUGGGUGGCCCAAAGCCAGAAAAUGUGGCUCUGAGAGUUUUUGUGCAGUGGUUCCAAGAUCUGAAGGAGUGCUAUUCCUCCAAACAUCUCUUUUACUGGUCCCUGUGGUGGGCUUUUUCCACAGCAGGUUUUAACCAGGUUUUGAACUACGUUCAAAUCCUGUGGGACUAUAAGGCACCAUCCCAAAAUUCUUCCGUCUAUAAUGGGGCGGUAGAAGCUAUUGCAACCUUUGGAGGGGCCGUGGCUGCCUUUGCGGUGGGUUACGUGAAAGUCAACUGGGACCUUCUGGGAGAGCUGGCCCUGGCGGUCUUCUCCGUGGUCAAUGCCGGCUCCUUGUUUCUCAUGCACUACACGACCAACAUCUGGGCCUGCUAUGCCGGCUACUUGACAUUCAAGUCCAGCUACAUGCUUCUUAUCACCAUAGCAGUAUUUCAGAUUGCCGUCAAUCUGAGUGUGGAACGAUACGCCCUGGUGUUUGGAAUCAACACCUUCAUUGCCCUGGUGAUUCAGACCCUUCUCACUGUGAUUGUAGUGGACCCGAGGGGGCUCAAUCUGCCAGUCAGCAUUCAGUUUUUGGUUUACGGGAGUUAUUUUGCUGUCAUUGCUGGAAUUUUCCUUAUUAGAAGCUUGUACAUUAUCUACUCAGCCAAAUGUCAAAAGGAAGUGCAGAGCUCUCCCCUAAGUCAGAAUGAACAAGAGCCACACCCAGAGGGACCCACGAAUGUCUACUCUUAAUGACUACAGCCUCUGAGCAAGACCUGUGCUGGUCACAAUGUCACUGAGUGCCAUAAAUUGACACUCAUCACAAGUCUGGAUUCCAAUGAACCUUUUCAAAACCACAGCAAAAUCCCAGCUUCAGACUGGAUAUCUUUAUGCCCAGCUGAACUGGAUGCAGUCCAAAGGACCCACUAAUGUCAAUUACAUGGCCCACGUUGGGACCCCAGUGGAUGGCAGGGACUGAAAAAUUCUGUUCUGAGCACUUGAAAGGACAUGCCAAUGACAUGGAAACAAACCACCAUCCUGGAGUUGACGUUCCCCAUCUGUGAGCCGAAGUGCUAACCGGACUGACCCUGCUUCCUGGCGUAGAUGGGUGUUUUAUCCUCCCAAAACAGGCAGCACGUGGAACAGUUUUUGUCACAUGAGUCAUUUUCCUUUUUCUCCCAUUAAGUGUAUUUCUGUAUAACAGUUCUCUAAGAGAACUACAAAGCUUGGUCCCAUUUCUAAGGAUUCCUCUCAGAUCUUGAUAACUCAGCAUAUGAUGAGCAAGCUUUUAUUUGAUAAUAUCACAAUUUGAUUUUUUAUGAUAAUUUUUCACUUUGAACUUUGCUGAGCUUUAUUGUUGAAACUCUACAUAAUAAUUCCUCAACAAUAAUUGCAGACACUCCAGUGUGUCCCCAGAAUGACAUUCAUCUCAAUUCCUAGCGGCCCAAGGAGAGACAAUGUGCUUUCUUCCUGCCAGGACCCCAGAUAGGGGUUGUACUGCUACGUCAGUGUAAUGUCUGUCUAAAACAGAAAACUUGAGCAGGAAUUCCAUAGGUUUCUACAAGUAUUCAUAAAUAAGAAUGCACUGAUUGGGGGUGGGCACCUAAUUAUUAAAUGGCAGAGAUUGUACUAAAUAAAAUAAAGUGUACAGAAAUAUUAAAGAAUCUUUCUAAUUUUCUGAUGAGUUGUGCUGAAAAUUGUCUGAGCUGGUCUGCCCUUUGAAACUUCAGCAGAGGAUGCAUUGAGCAGUAUGGC